UUUAGGGACUGUAUUAUACACAGGGAGCUGUAGUAUUAUUCCUGCAGUGUGGAUCUGUGUUUAGUAUGAGGAAGAUGCUGUCUCUGAUAUCCAGCGCUCUGAGGCUCAGCGCCGGCAGGACUGGCAGUCGUGUGGUGGUGUCGGCGAGAACGUACGCAGACUUCACCCCUCAGGCCACCUUCGACAUCAAGAAAUGCGAUCUUCACAAGCUGGAGGACGGCCCCCCUCUGCAGGCGGUCCUUACCCGGGAGGAGGGGCUAAAGUAUUACCGCACCAUGCAGGUGAUGAGACGCAUGGAGCUGAAGGCGGAUCAGCUCUACAAACAGAAGAUCAUCAGAGGGUUCUGUCACCUGUACGACGGACAGGAAGCGUGUGCGGUGGGUAUCGAGGCGGGGAUUAAUCUGACGGAUCACCUGAUCACGGCGUACAGAGCGCACGGAUACACACUCACCAGAGGGGGCACUGUCCGCGAGAUCAUGGCCGAGCUCACAGGUCGCCGCGGUGGCAUCGCUAAGGGGAAGGGCGGCUCCAUGCACAUGUACACUAAAAACUUCUACGGAGGAAAUGGAAUUGUGGGAGCUCAGGUGCCUCUUGGAGCAGGUGUAGCGCUGGCGUGUAAAUACCAGGGCAAGAACGAGCUGUGCGUGUGUCUCUACGGUGACGGAGCAGCCAAUCAGGGUCAGAUAUUUGAGACGUAUAACAUGGCGUCUCUGUGGAAGCUGCCGUGUAUCUUCAUCUGUGAGAAUAAUAAAUACGGGAUGGGCACGUCUGUGGAGAGAGCGGCCGCCAGCACCGACUACUAUAAACGAGGAGACUUUAUACCAGGACUGAGGGUGGACGGUAUGGACGUCCUGUGUGUGAGAGAAGCCACCAAAUUCGCAGCAGAGCACUGCAGAUCCGGAAAGGGGCCAAUUCUCAUGGAGCUCCAGACCUACCGCUACCACGGCCACAGCAUGAGCGACCCCGGGGUCAGUUACCGAACUCGUGAGGAGAUCCAGGAGGUUCGCAGUAAGAGUGAUCCCAUCUCCAUGCUGAAGGACCGAAUGCUCAAUAACAACAUGGCCAGCGUGGAGGAGCUGAAGGAGAUCGAUGUGGAGGUGAGGAAGGAGAUCGAAGACGCCGCUCAGUUCGCCACCACCGACCCGGAGCCCCCGCUGGAGGAUCUGUGUAAUCACAUCUUCUGCAACGAGCCGCCCAUGGAGGUCCGGGGAACCAAUCCCUGGACCAAGCUCAAAUCCGUCAGCUAAACACCUGACGAGCCCCUCCCCCUAAAAUAAAGACUGCCCCUCCCACACCACCUGCCCUUUCAUCUCCACAGGUGGAACAUCAGCACCUUCUUCACGCCUUUCUUUCACCAAGUGUUCCUCAGUUCUGUUUCUUUAUUUUCAUCUCUUUUUCAUUUCUUUAAUACGUGUUUUAUAGAGUUAUCCUCUCCAGGCUCCUACAUCACUGCUGUAUAUAUACUCUAUUUAUUUAUAUAUAUAUAUACACACGCUAUAAAUGUAGGUAUUGUGAUAUAGAGACUAUAGAGGAGGCGGAGCUUCAAUCUCUCAGACUUAUACAUAUCACGAUACAGGGGUUACAAUUCAAUUCAAUAUAUUGCAAUUCAAUUUUAUUUCUAAUUUUUUCCCAUUUUCUUCCCAAAUUUACAUGACCAAUUAGGAGGAAAGCGCAGCGACUCGGUUUUGAUAAAGCAGCUCACAGACGCAGCCUUGUGCUGAUCCACAUCACCCUAGGAGUGAUGAGGGGAAAGAGAGAGCGCCACCAUCUACUGUACUGUACCCACCCAGAGAAAGAGCAAGUACAGUUGUGCUCUCUCAGGGCUCCGGCAGCUGAUGGCAAGCUGCACGAGCAGGAUUUGGACCAUUGAUUGCCCGUGCAUUUCAAUUUUUAAAAUCACAUUUUAGGUCGAUUGAAUUGAUCUAAAUAAAAGAAAAGAUCAUUUUUAUCUGAAAAUCAGAAAAGAUUACAACACUGACACCUAGUGGUCGGAGUUUAAACACUUAACACUAAAGGAACCACUUCUGACACCAAUCUUUACACUUAAACUAAAAUAUAGCUAUGGAAGUGGGCUAAUUACAUUAGUGGGCGGAGCCUAGAGAGGUAAAAUGUUGCUUUAUUCAGUUUCUCAUUGCUACAAUUAGUUAAUUAAAAUAAUAUACCUUUUCUCUUAUUUUAUCAGCACAGAAAGCCUCGUACGUAUACCUCGCGCAGUGAGUGACGACAUCAGACACCAGAGGGCGUGUUCUUAAGAAGAUUCUUAAGAACUUAAGUAUCUGAUUGGAUCGUUUAGGCUGUGCACCUCUCAGUGGGCGGGAUCAGAGGUGUAUAAUUUUUUAGGGAGGAGUUUAUUAUUUAUAUAAUUAUUAUAAAGGGAUGAUAAUCGUGUUCUUUUGCCAAAUUAUUUUGUGCCUACCGGAAGAACGAUGUUACUGCGUGUAUAAAUAUAGCGUAUAAAUAUACUAUUGGGUUAUAUAGUAAACGUGGGAUUUAAAUAUGUUUCAAGCACACAGAAUUGUGGGAAAUGUAGUUUCAGCGCAGUACGACUGUAUGCAGUUCCCUCUUUCCUGUUUUAUCUGGGAUUUUUCAUUUCCUGUGUCUGUUACUCUUCUUUAAAUCGGGGUUUACAUCAAUAUUUCCAUUUUCUAAGUGCUUUUGUGUGAAAAUCCUCUGUUUAAACCUUUUCCCGAUGUUUCGGACUCUUUCUCGGACGUGAUUGGGUGUUGGAGCGCUGCCAGCGGGGGUCGGAGGUAUGACCCAUGUUUGUACUAAAUACAGUACGAUUAAAAUCAGAACGCACAGUCA